AUGUCAUCCAGUCCGUGGGGAAUCGUCAGCAUGAGGGCAUUCGUAGUGAUUGCUCGUCUUGUGGGCUUGGUCGGCCUCGUGGGGUCUGGAGCCACCUUUUCCAGGCAAGCCUCAAGGAAGGGGUGCCCUGAGGUCACCACGAAGCCCGACUUUGUGGUCCCGCCCUACCUGGGCGACUGGUACGAUAUCCAAAGCUUCCCCAGCUUCUUCCAAACCGGACUCAGCUGCGUCCGGGCCAGAUACGGCUCUAUCGAGAAUGGCAACGCAGUUUCGGUCUACAACGUGGGCAUGAGGAAUAAUGGGUCACUGGAUGAGAUCCGCGGUCGGGCUUAUCAACCGGAUCCUAACAACGAGCCCGGCCGGCUCCGAGUCGAUUUCCCUGGCUCGCCCACCGGCACAUACCUCGUCCUGGACACAGACUACGAGACCUUCUCGGCCGUGUAUUCGUGCCAGGCCAUCGGAGACCGGGCGCUCGAGUUCGCCUGGAUCCUGUCGAGGGAGAAGACCAUGUCGGACGAAUUGUUGCAUGCCGUCCUCGAUAUCUUCGCCGGGUUCGGGAUCGACCUGGGGAGGUUCACGACGACGCACCAGGGGAGGGACUGCGUGUAUCCCGAUUCCUCGCUAGGAGGGACUCGGGGCAUGACGAACGAUAGCCUCACGGUUGUUAGCAGACUGGUCCCCGCGAGGACAUUCGGGAAGCGGGCAUCGGACGUCAAAGAUUCUUCCCUUCAGGAGACAGUUGUCUUGGACCUCCUCCUACAUUGUAAGAGCUCGAUAUCCCCAGUGGUGCUUACCUGA